UGUUAAUUAAGCCCUCCAGAUGAUCUUCCUUCUUCAUCUCCUCAUGACAUCAGCCAUGCAAGGAGGCGAUGCCAGGACUCACUCUCUGCGAUAUUUUCGCCUGGGGGUCUCCGAUUCCAAGCAAGGGAUCCCUGAAUUUAUUUCAGUUGGCUACGUGGAUUCUCAUCCUAUCACUUCAUAUGACAGUAACAGAAGACAGAAGAUGCCCCGGGCCUCUUGGAUGGAGGAGAAUUUGGGAUCUGAUCACUGGGAGAAGUAUACUCAGCUUUUGAGGGGCUGGCAGCAGACAUUUAAGGAAGAACUGAGGACCCUGCAGAAUCACUACAAUCAUACUAGAGGAUUUCACACCUACCAGAGGAUGGUUGGCUGUGAGUUGCUAGAGGAUGGCAGUACCACAGGAUUUCUCCAAUAUGCAUAUGAUGGGAAGGAUUUCAUCAUUUUCAAUAAGGACUCUCUGUCUUGGAUUGCUGUGGAUAAUGUGGCUAGACUCACCAAGCAGGUCUGGGAGACCAACCGGAAUGAGUUACGCUAUCAUAAGAACUGGCUGGAAACAGAAUGCAUUGCCUGGUUAAAGAAAUUCCUGGACUUUGGAAAAGAUACCCUUCAACGGACAGAAACCCCAUUAGUCCGUGGAAGCCGCAAAAUGUCAUCUACUGGGAUUACAACUCUUAUCUGCAGAGCCUAUGGUUUCUAUCCCCCAGAGAUUACCAUGGCUUGGACAAAAAAUGGGGAACCGAUAGCCCAAGAAAUUGAAUAUGGAGACAUUCUUCCCAGUGGAGAUGGAACCUAUCAGACCUGGGUAUCAAUAGAUAUUGAUCCUCAAAGUAAAGAUGAUUAUUCCUGCCAGGUGGAGCAUAAUGACCUCCUCAAGGUUCUCCAAGUGCCAGUCGAGUCAAAGACCAUCUCUCCAUUUGUGGAAAUUGUUUCUGGGUUGACUAUCAGUGUCUUAUUCCUGAUUGGUUUAGGAAUUUUUCUUUACAGAAGAAAACAAUCAGGUCUCAAAGAAGUCAGUUAUGUUUCUACACCAGUUAACUAAUUCAAAUGCUACCUUUGUAUUCCUCUUUCCUUCCAAUGGUCACAGCCCCUUCUACAAAUGGCCUGGGGUACAGUAUCAGAAAACCUCUGACUAAACUCCCCAGAGAAUAUUGGACAGAGGCAGUGUACUACGAUGGAUAGAGGACCAAACUUGGA